GCUGUCAAAAAUCUUAACCUAACCUAUCAAAAUAAACAAAUAGUUCCAGCUUUGUUUGUUAAAUAUAAUUUAAAAUAUAACGUAGGCAGUAUAAGUUUGGCAGUGUUUAAGUGAAACAUCAAAGUAAUUGAAUCGGACAACAUGGAGGAAAAUAUGAGAAUAUUAAAGCAAGGUGCUGAAGCCAAGCUUUACAUUUGUGAAUACCUAGGCCAGCCCACAUUAAUCAAAGAAAGAUUUGUGAAGAACUACAGACAUCCCGAUUUGGACACUGCUAUCACUAAAGAAAGAAUUAAAAGUGAAGCAAGAGCCAUUGUUCGAUGCAAAGCGGCUAAUGUGAAGACACCUACCCUAUACCUAGUGGAUUUUGACAGCAGACGCAUUUACAUGCAGCAUUUCAAAAAUAGUAUUACAGUUAAAGAUUUCAUUAUCAAUCUAGUAACAAAACACGCUACGAGUGAAGCUAUGAGCUGUCUUGAUUCAAUAGCCAAAGUCAUUGGAGAAACUGUUAGAAAGUUACAUGAAAAUAACAUUAUACAUGGGGAUUUGACCACAUCAAACAUGUUACUGGUAAACAAAAGCCAGGGCAAUACAGAUGAUGAAUGUAGAUGGUUUGCUAUUGAUAAUCUUGAACUUGUUAUGAUAGACUUUGGACUGUCUGCUUUUGAAUCCAGUACAGAAGACAAAGGUGUCGAUUUGUAUGUUCUAGAAAGAGCUCUUAUUAGCACACACAAUGACUAUCCAGAUUUAUUUGGUAAAAUAUUAGCUGGGUACAAAAGUUACUGUAAGGGUAAUAUUAAAGAAAUUCUAAGCAAGUUUGAAGAAGUAAGGGCUAGAGGGAGGAAGCGGACUAUGGUUGGAUAGGCUAAUAAAGUAUAUUAUUUUGUAAUUGAA